GCUCCGGCAGCGAGUGCAGAACGCAUCCAGCUUCCCCGACUGGAGCAGCCUGUUCUCUGCUCUGGGACAUCGCAAACGUUGAAGCACCUGUUGUGGUUUGUUGUUCGCCAACGGGACGUCGACGCGUCUCGCACGCUGGUCCGCCGCGCCACUGCCUGCGCUACGCGUGUUCCGGACUUGUGAUUGACGUCGCCUAUCCCGGAAGCACGAUCGACCAGCACCUUCCCUCUGCUUAUAUUUGUUCAGCUGGCCCUGAUUAAGCAAGCAUUCUACUAGGAUGUCCGUCUCGCGGCUGCCAUUUGUGCGAUGCAUGUUGCUGCCGCUGCUGCUGCUGUCGCUGCAUGGCCUCCCGGAGGGAGAAGCAGCACCGACCACAGUAUCGAGCGCAGCACCGACCGCAGUAUCGAGCGCAGCUCCGACCGCAGUAUCGAGCGCAGCUCCGACCACAGUAUCGAGCGCAGCUCCGACCACAGUAUCGAGCGCAGCACCGACCACAGUAUUGACCGCAGCAAGAAACGCAGCGCCAGCCGCAGCGUUAAACUGCAGUGAGACCUUCUUGCGCUACAACCAGAACCACACCAUGUGCAGAGAGGAGCCCGCAUGCCAGAUCCAGGUAGCCGGCAUCAGCGACAACGUCAAGCAACUCAUUCUGAAGCUACACAAUCACUACCGUAGCCUCAUCGCCGGCGGAAACGAGACGCACAUGCCAGCGGCAGCAAACAUGCUCGAGAUGGAGUGGGACGAUGACUUGGCGAGUGUAGCCCAGGCGCAUGCGAACCUGUGCCAGUUCGAACACGACUGCCCGUCUUGCAGAUCGCUGGAGAAGUUUCCCGCCGUCGGCCAGAACCUGUGCCUCGACAGGACGACAAGAUACAAUCCACAGCCGGACUGGGAAAGCUGCGUGCGGCGCUGGUACGAUGAGGUGUCCCUCUUCUCCAACGCAUCGCGCUCCCCAUUCCAGUUCGACCUUCCCACGGGGCAUUUCACGCAGAUGGUGUGGGCGACAACGUGGAAGAUCGGCUGCGGCUACACUCGCUACCCGUCCACCGAGCCGCCAUUCCUCUACGACCUUCUCUACACCUGCGACUACGGGCCAGGAGGAAACAUCGUGGGCGGCGAGAUGUAUGAGGAAGGUGACGCGUGCUCCAACUGUCCCGAGGGAACCUGCUGUGGGAGUUCUUGUGAAGAACAGAACGUUGACACACGCUUCAAGGGACUGUGCAAGCCAACGACUCCUGAUGGUCCUAAACCGUCCGUGGACAAGAAGCAUCUUAUCUGGGCGUGCCUUUUCAACAACGAUACAUCCGAAUUGUGCGAGACGGUCUCUGAUCCUCCGGACGCUUUCAACACGAAGCGGUUGUUUGGGGCUGGCUACCUGGAGACCGUGGUCGAGGGCGGCAAGCGGGCCGAAGUCACGUUCCAGCGUAUCAUCAAGAGCCCGCAGUCGCCGUUCUGCAUAAACAUCGAGUACGCCAAGGGCCCGAGCAUGGCGGGCAACAAUGCGGACGGCUCGCUGCGACUUCUGCUGACGUCGCCAGCACUGCAGUAUUUCCAGAUCGACGCCGAAAUUGGCGGCGACUACACGGGCUUCCAGAUGUACUCCUUCUCCCUGGACUUCCGCAUACCUGUCCAGGUUGGCUUCUCCUACUCAGUUCCAGCGAACAGCUCUGCGCAGUACUUCAGCCUCUACAAGCUCGUCGUAAAUGAAGGAGCCUGUUCGUAAGCCUUCUAAGGAUAUUGUGGUGCCAUUUCAGCUGCACGCUGUUUUAUGUUGGACAAAACGUGUUUUACAACUACUCCUGGCUUGUGUACGUGCUACAUGAUGUGCACGCUACAUGAGCCGGGUAUCGAAUUGCCUAACUCGAGGUGUUCUGUGAGCCUGCUCAUUUGCUGGAUCACAACCUAUGGUGAGAUUGUGUGUCUGACGCAGCAUGCUAUGUGGAGCAGUUUUGAGGCUCCGCUCUCUUGUCACUUUUUUAGUGGCGUGGUCUCAUUCUCCUGUGCACGUAAUUCUUGUUCUGUUACAUUUCUCUGUGUUCGUGUAACUGUACUGUGAUGUUUGCGACACUGAGAAAUUCAUGAGGCUUGUCUAUUGUUUCAUGACAUCAUUCUUUUUAUUCAUUUCAAUUUUAACCACUUCCAAUCACUUCGGACAAGUAGGCUGACCUACAGCCUACUUAUUUUAUGUCCUACAGUGUACAUAAAAUAGACUGAUGGCGGUGCUGGUGGUGAUGAUGAUGAUGAAACCGAAGCGUGCAGCUUCCUUGGUCGUAUCCGUCCGCUUCUAACGUGCACCACUGCGCACACUGUUAGCUUGAUAUCAGUAACUUGGCUUAAUAUUCUUCAGCCGUUGCUUACCUGAAGCAAGUUAUAGCGCAUGAAAAGAAGGGCCACUGUCUGUUGCGGUCGGGCAUGUGUUAUAUUGCCUAAAGAAUCAAUCGAUCAACGUUUACGUAUUGCGGUGCAUGUGCAAAGCAAUUCUUUUUGCGCAGUCACAAUGUUUUGUGCGUGUCAACAGCAUUGUAUGUUGUGCCGUCGUCUUUUGCCAAUUUGUGUUGUGCGUUGUUACUUAAAACAAUUGGUCAGAACUCUGUAAAACAAAUCCAGUUCUGUUGCCUAUUUACCUUGACAAAACAUUUGGUGCUUUCUUGAUAAAACAAGUGUUCUUUACCACAGUUUUCAGACUUGCCGUCGUAGGAGGAUCCAAAACUUGCUUUUAGUGUACCUUGAGACUUGCGCCAAUUGAAUUUUUCACACUUUGUUUUAACUCCCGAAGAUGCAUACGCGGAUUUAUAUUGACUUGCAGCUUCGCUGGGCACGUUAACCGAUAUUUCUAAUGUGAGCGAGAGCGUUUUCAUACUGUUCAUUAUCGUUAUUCGGCUAUCGCUUUCCAGUGUCGCUUCUCUAAUGCUCGUCCAGCUUGCGUGUGCGGAAAGCUGAAUUGGCGCGUUUAACGAGCACAGAUGGGCGCUUCAGACAGCAGCUAGUGAUGCUAUUCUUAUUCUCCAUGUAUAUAUUACGUUUACGUUUUUAUAGCAAUCGAUCCUCGUGAAAACUUAUUUUAUUCGCAAUGCCCCUUUUUUUGACAAAGUGUUCAUUGUUUUUUGUGCAUGUAUAACAUUUUACAACAUCAGAGGAUAUAUAUUUUACAUAUUGUCAGCGCACUCAUAUGGUCAUGUUUUAGAAACAUUCAUAUUUUCAUUGCAAUAUAUUGAUAUAGAAGUGAUGCCUUGCAAUGUUCACACAAUGUGCAAUAAAUGGUUUGAAUUUCUUA